GUAUACUCCGGAAAUCAAGCUUCAGUGGCGUCUGGGGGGAAAAAGCAGUGGGAGAAAUCCAUCAUCUCCAAAUGGCCUCCUCGCCAACAGCACUGCAUCCCCAAAACACAAGCCAGAAGGAGCAUGUGGGGAUUCUGAAGCAUCAGGCAUUAAAUAAAGCUCCUGAGAAUUCAAGGGCCAAACUGUACACCGCUCAGUCGUCCAAAAGAGGAGCUGAAAACAAAGACCCGAACGAACCUGCCAAACCCACAAAGGGGGUAAAUAAACUGAAAGGGGUCAGUAGGCUUCCUGUGCUUGCAAAAUCCCAGGCUGUAACAGACAUCUCUUCAAAUCCGGCUCAUCGGAGAUGGGAAGAAAGGGCUCUGCUGGGUAAAGCUCAAAAGAGGAAGACGUGCACCAAGCCUGUCCCUUUCAGUUUGUCGCAGCCUCAGACCCGCAACCAGAAGGGCACCGGAGCUUCCUCUGAACCAGCAACCGAGCCUGGAAAUCCCACGACCCAUCUGACUCGGCAUACGUCAGCGAAGACACAGAGCGUCUCUCAACACAGAACUAAAACUGGAGCAGCUACUCAAAAUAUCGCCUCAGGAGCAACAUACACCGAACAUGCAAACGAUGCAGUUACUAAUAGUGUCUAUUUAAGCACAGAGAGUCACACAACUACGGCGUUUAAACUGAACAACCCAGAUGACAUAGCAUCAGUCGUUCAGAAGGACUUGAGCACAAAACUGGGGAAUAUCACACUUGCACACUCAGAGUUUACCCAGGAAGAAAGAUUUUCUUCUAAAGACCAAGCAGACUGCCGUCCAAGCACUAAAGGCUGGAAACAGACUCUUUUAUCUGCUGAUUGUAGAACAGGCGAGUCUGGAGGAGUGGGUAAUGCAGUAGCGAGUUGUCGGACUCCACGUGUUUCCAAGUGUCCAUCUGGACCAGGCUCCAACGUUUACCUGCCUCAGAGAGUCUCUGUGAAGAAGAAGGGCUGUCAUGGUGCUGAGGCCAUAUCAGAAAAUACAGUGCCAUUCUCCCCCGACCCAUCAGCCCUCCGCAGUAUUCUGCUGAAUGAAGGGAUUAAAGUCGGAGAUCCCGGUGGUGCGACACCGCGAGCGUCUACCUGCCCCUACGGCAGAGGCACCUCCAUUUACUCUGCUCAGAGAGUACCCAUAAGAAAGCCUCAGACACAUGCAGUAGCAUCAGUUGGAGAACCUGCAGGAGGCGCUGUGACGUUCUCUCCUGACCCAUCAGCCCUCCGCAGUAUUCUGCUCAAUGAGGGGGUGAAACAGGGAGCUGUAAUGACACCCAGAGCCUGCCCCUCAGGGAGAGCAACCUCUAUUUACUCCGCGCAGAGAGUACCUGUUAAGAAAGCUCCGGCAGAAGCCUCUACAGCCGCAGGCACUGUGUCGUUCUCCCCCGACCCAUCAGCACUUCGUAGUAUUCUGCACAAUGAGGGUGUUAAAGCGGGCAGUUCUGGUGUGGCGACACCUAGAGCGUCUGUCUACCCCUCGAGAAGAGCCACCUCCAUUUACACAGCUCAGAGAGUACCAGUGAAGAAAGCUAGAGCAGAAGAGGCAGCACACUCUGGUAUCAGCAAGAGGACGCCACAACGGGUUCCUGCCUCCCAGUCCCAGUCUGUGAAGAGGAUAAACUCUACACAUAAGACACGCCUCCUCAACAUCUCCCCCGGAUUUGGUGAAACACAAGCCCCCAGCACGGUCGGGUUCUCCCAGCAGGAAGAAAAAGUGGUUCAGAGGUUAUUUCAGGAAGAACCAGAGCAUGAAGAGAACGAGCAGAUGGAGGACGGUGGAGAUGAGGUUACUCUGGGUCAAUCGCUGCAGCAUCACCACUCUGCUGAACAGAAAUUGGAGCAUGAAGGUGAGACGGGUGCAGAAACAAAUCGCUGCCAUUCAGGAAAAGAGAAGAUCCCCGUAGCGCAGCCGUUCAUCCAGGCACCACACAGGCAGUCCGUCAUCGUGUUUUCAUCUGGUCAGAAGCUGCUGGCUCAGAACGGUGCUCAGACUGCCUCGCUGCAGACGUCGCAGCAUGCAGCACAGUUCCAGCCAUGCACAGACCAAACCAGCAGAUCACAGAGUGAACUGAACUCCGAAACAGAUCGACCAGUGACUCCCGGCAAGCUAUGCAAGACAAAAGCUUCCAGCCUCAGCUCGGCCAUGCAUGCUCUGAGACGCCGUCUUCCACCCCUGGAGGAGAUGUUUCUGGACGAAGAAUGUGCUAUGUACACUUCCCGCCACCAGUCAUGGCCGACUCGGCCUCGCUGCUACAACCCCGUGGCCUUGACGCUCCUCUUUCAGGACUCCACUCGCUUCGUGCCCAUUAUCGUGACAUGUCCGAGCCCGAGUCCUGUUCCAAACCUCUCCUCACCAAUCAGAGCGUAAAGACUGAAUGCAAACAUCUGAUUAUUUGUGAAGAUUUCCUACAUAAUUCAACAUUUCUCCCGCUACGUUUCACAGCUGUGACUGCUGAUCCUCACAGUUGAAAAUUAUGAAUAUAUGACUGUUGACAAGAGACAUCAGAACAUCUUAAACAUGGCGAGAUGAGUGAAUCACAUGAGUCAGGAUCACAUGCACAUGCUGAAUACAUGAAGCUAAACAAAGUGAACCCCUCCCCAAAGUGUAAUUCAGAAUUCUUUGCUAGACCAUAUUUACUGUUGGUGCUUUCCAGACAGUAUUAUGUUUAUAUUUGAUUUUUUUUUUAUUUUAACUACUGCCCUAUGCUCUCAGAUUCUGUUAUAAUACACAGAAACCACUAGUAGUACUUUCUUAACAUUAUGCACACUGAUGAUUAACUAAUUGGUCUUCUAUGCUUUAACUGCAUUUUUAAGUGAAGCUUGCAAGAUGGCUUUGUAUUAUGUGUGUAACACUAAAGCUGCCAAGCUUUCAGUGCUUGUUCGCGGACUGAGUGACUCGGGUUGUAGAGUAUCAUCCCGAAAGGCAGACAGAAAUCAUCACGUUAUUACUCGUGGAAGUAAAUCCGCCUGUUUUAGAGCUCAUUUCUUGCUCAGGCAAUUGUCUUUGUAAUUAUAUUGUCUAUAUUUAAUAAUAAAUGUAUAUCACGGA